AUGCCGGCUUCCGCGCCCUUCCUGCUCGCCUUUGAAGGCGGCGUGCACUCCAAGGCCGUCCGCUGCGCGUGCGUCGUCGCGGCCGGCGCCUCUGCGGCCUCAUCGUCUUCCUCCUCCGCCUCCUCCUCCGCGGCAGCGCCUGCCCUCGCGGCCUGCGAGAUCGUCACAGGCAGCCUCGACAGCUCCAUCGUCGUGUGGCGCCCCCAGGCGCCCUCCGGCCGCGGGGUAGAUGCCCCCGCUGGCCCCCCGGUCUACAACCCGCGCCUCGUCCUCAGGCCGCAUGCCGACUUUGUGUACUGUGUUGCGGCUUGCGAGACAGACAAAGUGAUCCCCUCCUUCUUCUCGGGGAGCAAAGACAAACGCGCGCUCCGCCUCGCCCUCGACGACGGCCGCGUCCUCACGGAAUUCGAGGGUCACGAAGGCCCCGUCUGUUCCCUCGCAGAAGUCGCCGCCUCGUCGCUGUUUGUGACCGGCAGCUGGGACGGCACUGCGCGUCUCUGGCGCAUCGCCACGGGCGAGUGUGUCCGCAGUCUCGAGCAACACAAACACGCCGUCGCAGUGUUAGCGCUCCCGCAGCCACCUCUUAUCGUCACAGGCUCGCAGGACAAGGCGUUGCGCUUCUGGUCGCUAGACGGGAAUAUCCAGAGAAUUGUCCCAGAUGCACACGAUGACAUCAUCCGCGCUCUUGACGCGCUUCCGCGUCCCUCCUCAGCCCCGAGCGCCGCGGGAGAGGCCUGCAUAGUUCUCUCGGCAUCAAACGACCAGCGCGUGAAGGCGUGGGAGCUCAACGGCUCGCUCCUUGCUCAGUUCGAGGCGCACUCUGCUUUCGUCUUCGACGUCAAAGCGAGUCGGGUGCGUGGCGACCGGUUUUUCACAGCCUCGGAUGACAGCACAUGCAAAGUCUGGAUGCUGAGCGAAUCUCCGCAAGAAACUGGAGCGUUGACCGCUCAGGUGACGCAGACGCUUCUUCACGCAGCAACCGUCUGGCAGGUUGUGGAACUUCCCUCUGGCGACAUAGUCACUUGCUGCGAGGACGGCAAAAUGAGAGUGUGGACGCAAGACACAGCGCGAUCCCUGCCUGAGGCGGAGCGAGCGCAACAGGAGAGCGAAGCCAGACUCGCGCAGGAAGCCGCAGCUGCGAAGCGCGAGUCCGCCAUUGACGUCUCCUCGCUACCCGACGUCUCCCAAAUGGCUGCGAUGCGGGGGAAGAAAGACGGAGAAGUGAAAAUGUUUCGCGAAGGCCAGAUGGCUGUCGUGUACCGCUGGCAACAGUCCACAAGCAGCUGGGAGAAGCUUGGCGAAGUCAUGGGUGCCGCCAAACAAAAGACCUACUACGAGGGCGACGCGUAUUUCGAGGGCGGCGACUACGACUACGUCUUCAACGUGGAAAUCGGCGAAGACGGCGCGUAUAGGCGUCUGCCUUUCCGGCUCACGGACAACCCUCUCGUCGCCGCUGAGAAGUUCUGUGCGCGCGAGUGCAUCAACAAGAGCUGUCUGGAACAAAUCACGAGUUUCAUUCGCCGCAACGCAGGACUCGCUUCUUCCCCCCCCGCCGCCGCUCCCUCGGCGUUCAACCGCGGCGUCACCGGCAGCGCGCAGGAUAGCGUAUACGGCGCUGCGACCGCUGUCACCAGUUCGAUGUCGCCUUUGAUGGAAGUUUUCACCUUCGCCAAAGGCAACUUCGAAGCUGCAGGGAAAAAGAUCCUCGAAUUCGACGCGCAGUUCCCUCCAGGGGCGCCGGAGAAGCUCACUGAGUUGGAGAAGCAGUAUUUGCUCGACGCGUUGGAAAAAAUCAAGUCGCCUGCGUUUUUGAAAAAGGAAUUCCGGGCGUGUGAAAUCGAGGUGAUUUUCGAGAAACUUGCCAAGUGGCCCUGCAGCAGGGCGAUGCCGGUCAUGGACGUGUGGCGCAUCAUGGCGCUGCAUCCGCAGUAUCACGCCGUCCACAAAAAAGCAGGCGACCAGGGCUGGACCGCUGUCGUCGUUGCGCUGCGCCAUACGAAGGACGCUUGCAACAGCGCUGCGGACGACGCGCCGCUGAUUCUCUGCUGUCUUCGAUUUCUCGCGAACUUGAUGGAUCUCACGACGAGUCGAUCGGUCAUGCUGCGCCAUGCUGCAGCGGUCCUUGCGAGCCUUGCCUCGGAUCGAAUCCUUGUGAGCGCAAACAGAAACGUCCGCCUGACUGCCGCUUCUGUGCUUGCCAACUUUGCUGUGGCGUUCGCGAACAAGGAGGAGAAAGCCGCGCGUGUCCAGGUUAUCGAACUCCUCCACCGGCUGAUGAUCACCGAACAAGACGCAGACGUGUACUACCGGUGCCUCGCCGCGCUGUUGACGAUCCUCGUCACGCCCCCUCUGCCGCAGCAGCGAGCGACCCUCGUGAAUAGGUGCAAGGAGUUGGAUGUGGCGUCCCUCUUGCCUCCGAUGAACCAGCAAGUCCCUGCAGAGGGCAAAGUCGGAGACAUGGCACAAAAUCUGUUGCUUCUUCUUGAGUAG